UGGGAUAAAUAUAGAACAAUGCCGUCAAAUAUUUGACGCGUUUGUUGUGCGCAUAUCGGACCAAUUCUCUAAUUUUGUGAUUACUUGGUACAUAACCACAACGGAGGAAGAAAAAUUAUUCAUAAUGAAGGCAAUUUUUUUAUCACUAUUUGUUCUCGCUAUCUUGUACGAGCGAUAUGCGAUAGCGGAACACGAAGAGGACACGUCUACGGAUUUGUACAUGAUCGAGGGAAAGGUAUUUCCUUGGGAUAAUGUAGCUUCUACCGGAUGGCAACUCAUGACUCACGUAAUGGUCAACGGUGGAGAACAUUAUGGCUUUUUGAGGGAAGAUGGCACGUUCAUAAUCACAAACGUUCCCUCCGGAUCUUACAUGGUUGAGGUGGUGAAUCCGAAUUACGUCUACGAUCCAGUUAGAGUGGAGAUCAAUUCAAAGGGAAAAUUCCGAGCUCGCAAAGUAAAUCUCAUACAAACAUCACAAGUGAUUCAAGUACCUUACCCCUUGAAGAUGAGGCCUGUAGCUCCGUUUCGAUAUUUUCAAGUUAGGGAGCAGUGGCGGAUAACAGAUUUCUUAUUCAAUCCCAUGAUUUUGAUGAUGGUCUUGCCAGUUGUAUUAAUUAUGGUUCUGCCUAAAGUCAUGAACGAUCCCGAAACCAGAAAGGAAAUGGAACAGUUCAAUAAUCUUACCAGUUACAAUAUGCCAGAGAUGUCAGAGGUGAUAACAUCAUUCUUAUCGGGCGGAGAGAAGCAAAAAUCAAAAGCUAUAAAAGCUGCAAAAAAACGGCAGUAAAAAUUGUUGAUUUCAUCUGUAGAUAGUUAAAUAUUUAUACGGUUGUAUAUGUUUGUUCUUUAAAAUAUAUGAGAAAUAUGUGUAGAUAGAGAAAGAAAGUUUAGGAGCAUUAAAAUGCCAUGUUCAAUUGACUGAUAUGUCAAUCUCUUAAACUAUACAAUGUGAAUGCGUGAUAUAUAUUGCCGAUCUUGAGCUGUUUGUAAAGUUUAUAAAAAAAAUGAUGUUGGGAUUUCUUUUCUACACCGAGAUAAUACGUGGCCAUGUAACUUUCUUGCAACACGCCUGUUUACUUUUUCCUAGAAGAAAGUUACACGACCGCUAACUCGUGUAAAUGCAAAAGAAACGGAUUAAGAGCAAGUUUUUAACUUGCAUUGCAGGUUGUGUCUCUCUCUCACACACACACAUACGCACAUACAUGUGUGUAUAUAUAUAUAUACAUAUAUAUAUAUAAUUUAUUCUGUGCACAUUUGCUGCACGGCAUUCUGUGAAACAAAAACAAUUAUGUAUAAAUUCUAGUAAUUAAUAAACACGAUGUAACUUACAAUUA